AUGGAGCAGCUCGCGCAAAAGGUCGAAGGCAUGAGCCUCGACGCCAUCGCCGAUGCCUACCCCAACUGCCACCCCGAGCUCAACCCCUUCGACUUUUACCGCGCCCACAUCUCCAAUAUCCUCUCCGGAAUCUCGGGGGUCGAUCCUAAGAUCAUCUUCUCGGCGCUGUCCUGGACCGCGAGUCUCGACAAGGGCGACCUCAUACUGGCAGCCCCAGCACUGCGUGUCAAGGGCCAAAAGCCCGACGAGCUAGCCAAACAAUGGGGCGAGAAGUUCCCCGACAAUGACCCCCUCUUCGAGAAGCCGACCGUGGUCAACUACUUUAUGGCCUUCUUCCUCAAGCCCGCCCCGGCCGUCGAGACCGUCAUUCCCCUGAUCCAAAAGCACGGAGCCCAGUUCGGCUGCAACAAGUUCCACGGCCUCAAGGACCCCAAGGACCCCAGCAAGGGCCAGAAGCGCAUGAUCGUCGAGUUCAGCUCCCCGAAUAUCGCGAAGCCCUUCCACGCAGGCCACUUGCGCAGCACAAUCAUCGGCGGUUUCUUGGCGAACCUCUACCAGGGCGCGGGAUGGGACGUGGUCAGGAUAAACUACCUGGGCGACUGGGGCAAGCAGUACGGUCUCCUCGCCCUGGCCUUUGAGAAGUACGGCGACGAGGAGGCCCUCACAAAGGACCCGAUCAACCACCUCUUCCAGCUGUACGUGCGCAUCAACAGCGAGAUGUCGGCCGAGAAGGAACAGAUCGAGAAGAGGAAACAAGACGGCGAGGACGUGGCCGAGCUGGAGGCCAACAGUCUCGACGAGCAGGCCCGUCGCUACUUCAAAAAGAUGACCGACCGGGACCCCGUCGCGCUGGCGCAGUGGAAGCGCUUCCGUGACCUCAGCAUUACCCGAUACCAGGACACGUACGCCCGCCUCAACAUAAAGUUUGACGAGUACAGCGGAGAGAGUCAGGUGUCGGAGGACAUGAUGGAGAAGAUCGGCCAGGAGAUGCAGGACAAGGGCAUCUCCAAGGAGGACAAGGGCGCCCAGAUCGUCGACUUCCAGGCCCUCGUGCCGGGCAAGGAGGGCAAGCGCCUCGAGAAGCCCAUCGUCAAGAAGAGGGACGGCACCGCGCUGUACCUGACGCGCGACAUCAGCGAGCUGCUCGGCCGCCACGAGAAGUACCAGUUCGACCACAUGAUCUACGUCGUCGCGUCCGCCCAGGACCUGCACCUGAAGCAGCUGUUCAAGAUUAUCGAACUGCUGGGGCACAACGAGAUCGCCGCCAAGUGCCAGCACAUCAACUUUGGUCUGGUCCUCGGCAUGAGCACCCGCAAGGGUACCGUCAAGUUCCUCGACGACAUCCUGCGCGACGUGGCCGACAAGAUGCACGAGACGAUGAAGAAGAACGAGACCAAAUACAACCAGGUCGAGAACCCGGAUGCGACGGCCGACACGCUCGGCAUCAGCAGUGUCAUGGUGCAGGACAUGACGGGCAAGAGGAUCAACAACUACACGUUCAACAUGGACGCCAUGACCUCGUUCGAGGGCGACACCGGCCCGUAUCUGCAGUACGCCCACGCCCGCGUGUCCUCGAUCCGCCGCCGCGCCGGGCUCAGCGACGAGGACAUCGCCAGCGCCGACCUCUCGCUCCUGACGGAGGCCCACGCCGUCAACAUCGUCCGCCUGCUCGCCCUGUGGCCCGACACGGUCCAGAACACGCUGCGGACCCUGGAGCCGACGACGGUGCUGACCUACCUGUUCAAGAUGACGCACGCCCUGAGCAGCAGCUACGACCACCUGCAGGUCGUCGGCAGCGAGCGGGAGCUGAUGAAGGCCCGCAUGGCCCUGUACGAUGCCGCGCACACCGUGCUGGGUAACGGCAUGAGGUUGCUCGGGUUGAGCCCUGUUGAGCGGUGA